CAACAACGCAGUUUUAAGUCGGUAAAUACUCGGCACGAUUCUCUAAUUUUUCUCCAACGACUUCAAAAGACGCAGAGACACAAAAAGUCGUCUCGAACUGCAGGCGAUUUAGAAACCGGUAAACAUGCGACGAAAACAUUUCUUUGUAAUCGACAGAUAGAGUUAAGCAUCGGGGAAGAGCUGGUGAGUAUUUCCAUCCAGUCAGUCAGGAAUCACCGACUCUCUUCAGGGGAAGCGCGCGUCCGAGCGCGGGAGACGCACAGAGCGCGUGAGCUGGACACAUUCGCGUCUGACAGAUCCGAGGCAACACACUCACAGAGGUCCUGUGAACUCUUGAUGCUGUCGAGACCAAGAGCUAAAGGAUGAAGAUCAGAGAAUAUAUAAUCUUGUAUUUAUUUGUCCUGUAUACGUAAAAGGAUCUUGUUUGACAUCCAUCCGGAUGGUUUGAACCAGGAUGGCCAAGCCGUUCUACAGACUUCAGCACUUUUUAAGGCGGGCUCAGCUGCUUCUGUUUUUUCUGGGUGUGGCUUACAUCAUGGCAGGAAGUGUGUUACUGCUUCAGCGCUCCAUUGUGGUAAAAUUUCAGAAAGAAACCGAUACCGCGCCGCUACUUUCACUAGCAGCGCCACCUAGAUCCAUGGAGGUACCUGCUACCAGGUGGUUGUACAGGAGGACUGUCAUCCGAGAGAUGGACAACCAACCUCUUGAUCAGACAGAAAACAGAAAGGACCUGAAGCACCUCAGAUCUCGUAAUCUAGAGAUCAGGCAUCUGAGACGUCACUGGUUCCAUGGUUAUGCUGAACAGAAAAGCUCUUCUGAACACAGUCUGUCACAUAAGAAAGACAGACGUAAAGGGACCUACAUCGGAUGUUUUAUAAACAAUGAAACGGAGCAUGCACUCAGUGGGACCGUUCUUUAUGAUUUCCGCAAAAUGACCAGCGCCUUGUGUCAGGACACCUGCUCUGAGAGUGGGUUCCGGUAUGCUGGGCUGGAGUAUGGAGCAGAGUGCCAUUGUGGAAAUCGGGUCUGUGCCCAGCGGGCUCGGGGUGAGGACUGUAAUCUGGAUUGCCGUGGAGAGAAGGGAUCCCCCUGUGGAGGGGUGGGACGCAUGUCUGUUUACAGAGUUGAGGAUCGACUUCCAGGACAGAGAAGAUACAGAGCUGUUCACUACCAUGGCUGUUACAAGAAGCCAAAGAACUCUACUGAUAACUUCCUGAUCCAGACCUCGGAGCCAACACACACACCUCAGCAGUGUAUAGAGACCUGUACAGAUCAGGACCUGCCAUUGGCCAUUUUGAGAGGGCACGACUGUUUCUGCAGCCAUGUCUCGUUUCUCUUCACAGUCCAGAUGAGUGAACAGGAAUACAUGUGUGAGGGGGGCAACCAGACAAAUCACACCUCUCCUUAUGACCUUGACUACUACUGGGUGUACAGUACUCCUGUGCUAGAUGCAAUGUGCAAAGAAAGGAGAUUUCUGCCCCAGAAGUCCAGCACUCUCGUGGCCCUGUCCAGCUUUCCAGGGGCAGGAAACACCUGGUUACGUCACCUGAUUGAACUCGCCACUGGAUUCUACACCGGCAGCUAUUACUUUGAUGGAUCGCUGUACAACAAAGGUUUUAAAGGAGAGAAGGAUUACUGGCAGAGCGGGAGAGUCAUCUGUGUCAAGACUCAUGAAAGCGGCCAGCGAGAGAUCGAAAUGUUCGACUCAGCCGUCCUGCUGAUGCGAAACCCCUAUCGCUCUCUAAUGGCAGAGUUCAACCGCAAGUGUGCUGGACACCUGGGAUAUGCGUCAGAUGUUCACUGGAGGAGCAAAGAGUGGUCAGAGUUUGUAGACAGCUAUUCAUCCUGGUGGGUGUCUCACGCUCUGGCCUGGUUGCGGUUUGCCCACCACCUGCUGGUGGUUCACUUUGAAAAUCUACAGAAAGAUCUAGUCCCUCAGUUAAAGACCAUCAGCGCUUUUCUGAACACCAGCAUUUCUGAGGAAAGACUACUGUGCACUGAGAGCAACAGAGAUGGCCAUUUUAAACGCUCUGGAUCCCGCAGCCUGACAUUUGACCCCUUCACCCCUGAGAUGAGAGCUCGUAUAGACAAAUACAUCCGUACAGUAGAUAAAGCCCUCAGAGACAGAAACCUCAGCGGCCUGCCACAGGAGUACAUGCCCAGGUGAGGAUUUGGGAACGCAGCUGCUGUUGGACACAAACACAAAGUGCCUGAGUAAAAAAAACGGAGUUCUUGC